AUGCGCUGGACCACCUUCGUCAUUCUGCCCACGCUGGCCACAGCGCUCCCUCAAUGGCUCAAGCGUCAAGGAGGAACUACCAUGUUGCGAUUUGGAUGUGCACAGGUUGUCAUCGAUCGUCUCGACCCGCUGGUUAAUCCUGGUCAGAUCCCAUCGCCUCAUGUUCAUCAGAUCGUCGGAGGAAACGCAUUCAACGCCUCCAUGACAACUGGAGACGUCUCUGGAGGAGCAUCGUGCACUACCUGUCGCUUCUCAGAUGACUUUUCAAAUUACUGGACAGCAAAUCUUUACUUCAAGGCCCGAAACGGCAGCUACAAGCGUGUGAAGCAACUAGGCGCUGCUCGCCAAUUCAACGAUGACUUCAGCACCAAGAUCGACGGUGGAGUCCUAGUUUACUACGUCUCUGCUCAGCCCGGCAAGAUUACUGCCUUCAAGCCUGGUUUCCGUAUGCUUGUUGGUGACCCAGCCAGGCGCACAGCCGACCCAGCAUUGAAGAGGCACAACUGCUUCCGUUGCUACACCGGUCCCAACUUUGGAGGUGACACUUCUGCACCUUGCAUGGACAACAAGAUCGAUACUCAAAAUCUUCCCAAGGAUGUUUGCAAAGGUGGCAUUCGUUCCAACAUCCAGUUCCCCACCUGCUGGGAUGGCAAGAAUCUUGACAGCCCCGACCACAAGUCACACGUCGCCCACCCAACCUCUGGCCCAGCCAACUUCCUUAGUCUUGGUGGAUCUUGCCCAUCUACCCACCCAAUCAGAAUCCCUCAACUCAUGUAUGAAGUAGUCUGGGACACCACUCCAUUCAACAACAAGGCCGAGUGGCCAGCGGAUGGCUCUCAGCCAUUCUACUUCAGCUAUGGCGACAACACUGGAUACGGACAACAUGCCGAUUACGUCUUUGGCUGGAAGGGCGACUCUCUCCAGAAGGGAAUGGAUGCUUCUAACUGCAUGGGAGCCUCGUGCAAGGACAUGAAAGUUCAGACCAUCGACCAAGCCAAGAAGUGCAGUGUCAAGACCACCGUCAAGGAGGACAACGAUGGCUGGAUCUCUCAACUGCCAGGGGGUGAAAUGCCAAUGUAA